AUGCGGUGCCUAUCCCAAUUCUGGCUGCUCACCCUCAAGAAUCUGAUUCUCAUGUGGCGGAACAAGGUGUGGACGCUGGUGGAGCUCAUCCUCCCGUUGCUCAUCGGCGUGCCGCUGCUCAUCAAAGCCGGCGAUUGGGUGGAACCCAAGCAGGAUCGAGACUCCAAUUUUGUGAGACCCCAACCAUUGACGAUGAACCCGACCCCGAGCACCUACGUCUACACCGUCGCUAUUCCCGGACAGCGUGACAUUGCGGCGUUGUUGAUGACAACCUACCAGGAGGUCAUCAAGGAAGCUGAAGACGAAACUUGGCCGCCGCCACGCCUCUAUGGCACGAGAGAGGCCAUGGCGAAGUUUCUGGCGGAUGAUCCCUGGCAACACGACGCACCCAGUCCAGGUCCGCGAGGAGCGCUUGGCAUCGAGAUAUUGAACAUCGACGUGAAGGCUGCAGUGUUCGACUACCGUAUCUGGGUGCCCGGCAUGGCAGCAGAAUGGAAAUUCGAUCAGAAUUGGGCCUUCUUCAACUCCUUAACCGAUGAGCUCGGCGGCACGACCAUCAACAGGGUUUCGCCCUAUGCCACGAAUCGCGCGCUGAAGAUGCAGUGGCUCCUCGACGACGCCUUCAUCAAGAUGACCACCGCGAAAGAGCCGAGCCCUAGAGUCCGCAAGGAUGUCGACUACUUUUCUUUCCCGGCCAUGGCGCCGCCCCUGAAAGCGGCUGCAUAUGUGCGAUUUUGCGGGUUUGAUGAAAACCGGCUU